CUCACUCUAGCAAUACCUGAAUUUUGCUGUCAUACGUCAAAAAUUGUUCGAAACAUCUCAGUACUGUGAUAAACAACAAUUGAGGCUAAUUACUACAACAAAUCUCUUCAAAUUGUAUCUCACACCCACAUUUUAUAUUUACACAUCAGUUUCAAACAUAAACGACUUGUUUCGGGCACGCCAGCGCUUUGUGUAAUGUGUGAUAAUUGAAAAUCCGCGCGUUAUGGCAUCUGGUUCUAAAAACGAUAUAGUUAAUAGAUUACUUAACAUAAGGCUAGACGAUGGAGGUGGUGGAGAUGAGCCACCGCCGCAGAACAUGCUGCCGUCCAACCAGCAGGCGCGGCAGCUCGGGCAAAUACAGGAGGAAGACAACGGAGAAGUGAGCGAGCCAGCCUCGUCUGUUGCGAUAGAGAAUCCCCAACCAAUUAAUAACACUGGCGGCCGCCUGCACAACUGGCAGGCGACGAAGACGACCGUCAAGGAACGACUGUCGUUCCUCUUUAACAAUGAAAUUCUGAGUGACGUGCAUUUCAUCGUCGGCAAAGACGCCAACCAGCAAGUGAUACCGGCGCACAAGUUCGUGCUGUCCGUGGGCAGCGCGGUGUUCGACGCCAUGUUCAACGGAGUGCUGGCCACCAAGUCGGAUGAGGUAGAGCUGCCUGAUGUGGAGCCCGCAGCCUUCCUCCAUUUGUUAAAGUUCCUAUACUCGGACGAGGUGCAGAUUGGGCCGGAGAGUGUGAUGACUACACUGUAUACUGCCAAGAAGUAUGCUGUGGCUGCACUGGAGGAGCAUUGUGUUGAUUUUUUAAAGAGUAAUCUGGGAACUGACAAUGCAUUCCUGUUAUUAACUCAAGCUCGGUUGUUUGAUGAGCCACAAUUGGCAGCUCUGUGUUUGGAAAUUAUAGAUAAGAAUACUGCUGAUGCAUUAAAUGCUGAAGGCUUUACUGAUAUUGAUCAAGACACAUUAAAUGCAGUUUUAGAAAGGGAUACUCUCCGCAUCAGAGAGGCUAAAAUCUUCUCAGCAGUGAUCCGCUGGUCGGAAGCUGAAUGCAUAAGAAGACAGUUACCAGUUACGCCUUCCAACCAAAGGAUGGUACUUGGAAGAGCAUUCAACGCCAUCAGAUUUCCUCUAAUGUCGGUAAAAGAAUUUGCAAUGGGUCCUGCGCAAAGUGGUCUCCUGGAUGACCGGGAGAUAGUACAGCUGUUCCUAUACUUUACUGUGAAUCCUAAACCCAAUGUUGGGUUCCUAGAUGCCCCAAGAUGUUGUAUGACUGGCAAAGAACUGACAGUGAACAGGUUUCCCCAGACAGACUCUAGGUGGGGAUACUGCGGAACCACUGAUAGGAUUAGGUUUACGGUUGAUCAGAGAAUUUUUGUCGUCGGCUUUGGACUGUAUGGGUCGUAUUACGGGCCGACGGAGUAUGAGGUGCACUUACAGAUUGUCCAUUUGGCGACAAAAAAAGUAUGUGGUUCUAACACGACGACUUUAUGCUGCGACGGUACCGACGACACUUUCCGCGCCAUGUUCAAGGAGCCGGUGGAGAUCCUACCCAACACUUCCUACAUAGCCAGUGCUAAACUUAAGGGCACCGAUUCUUACUACGGUACAAAAGGCCUUCGGUGGGUAACAGUCGACUGCAAUAACGGUGAGAAAGUCGUUUUCCAAUUCUCAUACGCUGCUGGUAACAACAACGGCACUUCGGUAGAGGACGGCCAAAUACCGGCCAUUAUUUUCUACAUUUAAUAUUCGAAUCCCGCGUAUAUAGUGGCAACAUUUGUAGCUAGUUCUUAAAUUAAAUUUUGGGCUGGCAACAUUUUAUUUAGGAUGUCAUGUGUGUAGUGCUUUUGUAAAAUAUGCCUAAAGGUGCAUUUUGUAUCUGUUGAUUUAGUCUUUCUUGCAAUUUCCUAAAAUACUUAUAUCACCAUUACUGUGGUUCAUAGAGAAGGAAGGAAAGAGAUAGUAGCUAUUCUGUCUCGUUUACUCUGACAUCUUGAUUUAUUUAUAUUUAUAGAAGCAUUACAUACAUGGCUAAGCACUUUUAUUAGGCCCGUUUCUUUUAUUAUAAUAUAGAAUUAAACGGGUCUUUAUAAAAGUUUAGUUUUUUUAAUGUAACAUCGAGAUUUGUAGUCUGAAAUUGAAUUCGUGCGUGCUUUGUGAAAUUGGCUGUCGUUUUGCAUCAAAACUUUAUUUUUACAUUGGACCAGCUUUACACUAUCAUAUGAGUUUCAGUUCAACUAACCGUCUCUCAUUGGUGUAGGCGAAACUGGUCCUUAUGGACAUCAAAAUAAGUGUCACAUUUUCUGAGCUUUUGUAAGUAGUGAAAACGUGGUUUUUAAAAUAGAUGUCUUUCAAUAUAUUCCUAACUAGAUACAGACUCUUUUUAAUCAAUACUUUAGAUGUCCCGCCAAUGUACAGUGAUUUCAAAAUUACAUAUCAACCUGCUGUUUCAUUAGUGGCGAAGUUUUAAAUAAAUGGUAGACAUUAAAAAUGCCAGUUCACGCUUUAAAAAUAAUAGACAGGAAUUUGAAAUAAGUAUGUAUAGAAAUUUUGUACGUUUUAGUAAUGAACAGUACCCUUAGUACGAGUUUGAUUUUUGUUCAACGAGAUCAAAACUUUACUGCCUUUUUAGCCUUUUGAUUGGUUGGUUCACUGGAGCAGGCCAAUCAGAGCGCCACACGUGAUAACGUUUGGAUCUCGUUAAUGUAAAACAAACUCUUAGUAAGCCCUCAGUAUUUCUAAAUUAAAAUUAAAUUUAGUCCAAUUUGUGUCACAAAAAAAUAUUAUGGGUACUCUAUUAAUCAUUGUCUAUUAAACAGGACUUUAUAACACUGGCAAUACUAAUUUAAUAGUAAUGGGUAACACUUCAUAUAAGAUUCCGUGUGUAAACCUUUUUGUACAAUAACCUCAGUGUUGCCAAUUUAUUUAAAGAGCUUAAGAUUACUAUUAUCUAAAAUUGUGUGUUAUUUUUUCUGUUUAAUAUGAUAUACUAUAAUUUAAAAUAUACAAAAUUUACUAGUAUUAUAAUAUCGCUUCUUUAAUUUAGAAAUUCUAACUGUAUAAACAGUUGCGCCAUUGAGUCAAAAUAUGCUUAAUGGCAAGCUGUAGCAUCGUUAUGUUGGCAAUGAUUAUUUAGCCAACAUUACAAUAAAUGCUAUGUUUUAAAAAGAAAUAAACUACAUUGUAAUCACAAUAUCUGUAGUACAGCCAAUAUACUUUGACCUAAGGUUCAGCACCGAGAGCGAGACAACAAUAUGCUUGAACGGUUAUGAGUGAAAGAGAUGACUAUAUAUUUGUAAGGCUCUUGAUACUGGUCAAGUUCUAUUGGCUGUGUUCCUUCCUUUAUUACGUAAAUCUGUGAUAAGCUUGCGAAAAGAAUGAAAAACGUUUAUAAUUUAUUUAAUUAUAUUUGUAUGUUAGCUAAAUGUAUGUAUGGGACCAUAAAAAUCUGGUCGUUUCCCUCAAAAGUAAAAUAAUUCCUAAAAUGAAUCUUUGUUAGCUUUAGUUUGUAGAUAAGUUGAUUUAUUUAUUGUUAUAAUCAUCAUUUUAAUCUUUAUUAUUUUAUCUGUCCACCGAUUAUGUUUGUUUUGUCAUUACAAAAAAUAUAUGAAGUAAGAUCGGGUUUCUUUGACCCUGUGGGUAACUUUGACCCAAACUUUUAGACCAAUGACAAACCGAUAUACGCUUUGUUCUUUUACGGGUCAAAGGAACCCGAUCUAACCGAUGCUCCAUAAAAGAUUUUAAAAUUAAAAUUAUUUAAAAUGCAUUUGAAUUGCAUUUUCCACAGAUUAAAAUUGUAUUUAUUAUUGUUUAUCGAACUUUGUUCAAGUGAACUGCCAAAUAUAUAUUAUGUAUAUUAGCGUAAAUUGUUUCUGGGCAUUAAAUCAUAUUAAAUUUGCAAAUGUUAGAGUUUACUCAAUGCCAAAGUAAUUUUAAAAAUCAUUCUGCAAAUGAAUAAUAUAUGUAUAAAAUGAAUUUUCAUAUACAAUAUUGUUAAUAUUUCGUGUGGACCUAAGUUCAAGACACCUAAAUGUGUUUUCAAACGAACAUAUUUGUUUUGAAAAUAGAAAAAUGAAACUUUCUACGCUCUCAUUGGCUCUUACCACACGAAUGACUAACAAUAGCCAAUGAGAAUAAUUAUAAAUAUGUAAAAUCCAAUCAUACGUGUAUUCACAUAUUCUUCCUUAGUAUUAAACUAUUAGCCUUUCCUUUGAUCUUCAUAGAACGAAUUAAAGUCAAUAUUGGUACUUUCUAGUCAAAAUAAAUUUAUAGAAGUGUCCUAUACAUGUAAAGGUGCAGUCUUAUCAAAUUGGACGUAUGUGUGAAAAAUAUUUGCUUUAUUUCAUGAAUAUUUAUACACAUACGUCAAUUUUGAUGAUUUUGUUAGAACGCCUUUACUUGCGUUUGUCCAGCGUAGGUUUUUGAUAAACGUAUACGCAGCGCAGACGCCGCAACUACGCGGCGUAGACGUCGCGUUGUCGCGUCGUUUCCUAUGUACCCUUAGUAUAAGUUUGCUUUUGGUAUGAGUUCGUUCGGCCAUCAGGGGCCUUAGUCUGCUAUUACAAUUGUGUCAGAAUGGUCGUUCACUGAGCAGUGCAAGAGGGACGGAGCUAUGUAGGUUGUAUAGCUCCAUCCCUCUCGCACUGCUCAAUGAUCGACCAUUGUGACACAAUUGUAAUAGCAGACUAAGGGCCCUGUUUGGCCGGCUCGAAUAUACCAACCAAUCAGAGCGCCUAACGCGCUCUCGUUUUGAUUACUUUAAACGUAAAGCAAACUCGUACUAAGGGUACUGGAGUCAAUUGAACGCUGCGCAUACAUGUAUUGAACGCCUACGCUAAACAAACGCUACUGUGAAGGCGCCUUAAAUCAAUCAGUCAAAAAUUAAACAAUAAUUACCGCCGCACUCGUAGUCAUUUAAUGGUUACUUAACCCAGUUCUUAGAAAUUGUUUUCGGAACAAAAUCGUUACUAAGGAAUAGUUUAAGAAAUCAUUAAAUGUCUCUGAGUACGGCAGUUAAUAAAUAACUGGCGAUCAUAGUUGUCUGUAGAUCUAAUAGGAUUCCAUUUAUUGUGAAAUAUUUAUUUACCUUUAUUUUCAUUAUGUCAAGUUAUUAUUAUACCAAAUGGAAUCCUAGUCCUAUUUCAUUUCUUCCUCAAAAAUGUAUUGUUCUUGUUAUAUUUUUUUGUUUAUAAAAAGUCUGAUAUUGUAUCUAAUAUUCGACCUUAUUGUGUCUGUAUAAAGUUGGUAUUAGAUUGCGUGGGAGCGGAUGGAGGAAUUGAGGUGUAGUAAACAUAAGAAAUGGUUUUAAAUGAAACAAUAUUUUGUAUAGAGGAACUGAUGUUGGUCUAGAUGUCGUCAAUAAAUAAUAACACUCGUAAAA